UGGCCAGGCUCUCACAUGCCCCUGGGUUUUGCUAGAUGUUCAUCAUGGGCUACGCGGUGGUGGCUGGAGCCGCAGGAAGACUCCUCUUUGGCUAUGACAGCUUUGGCAACGUGUGUGGCAAGAAGAACUCCCCCGUGGAAGGGGCCCCCCUUUCAGGGCAGGACAUGACGCUAAAAAAACAUGUGUUCUUUAUGAACUCCUGUAACCUGGAAGUGAAAGAUGCGAGGCUCAGUUCCACUGCCCUGUGCGUAUCCAGCUGUCCUGAAGAGCAGCUUGACACCCUGGAAGAGGUCCAGCUCUUUGCAAACACCAGUGGGUCCUUCCUGUGUGUUUACAACUUGAAUUCCUUCAACUACACCCAGAGUCCACAAGCAGACUCAUUGUGCCCCAGGCUACCAGUUCCUCCAAGCAAGUCUUUUCCUUUGUUUAACCGAUGCAUACCUCAAACACCUGAGUGCUAUUCCCUGUUUGCAUCUGUUUUGAUAAAUGAUGCUGACACCCUUCAUCGAAUUCUAAGUGGAAUAAUGUCAGAAAGAGACACAAUCCUUGGACUUUGUAUCCUCGCAUUAGCCUUGUCUUUGGCCAUGAUGUUCACCUUCCGAUUCAUCACCACCCUUCUGGUUCACAUUUUCAUUGCGCUGCUUAUUUUGGGAUUGUUGUUUGUCUCCGGUGUCCUGUGGUGGCUGUAUUAUGACUAUACCAAUGACCUCAGCAUAGAAUUGGACACAGAAAGGGAAAAUAUGAAGUGUGUGCUGGGGUUUGCUGUUGUGUCUACGGCCAUCACGGCAGUCCUGCUCAUCUUGAUUUUUGUCCUAAGAAAGAGAAUAAAGUUGACAGUUGAGCUUUUCCAAGUCACAAAUAAAGCCAUCAGCAGCUCUCCUCUCCUGCUGUUCCAGCCACUGUGGACAUUUGCCAUCCUCAUUUUCUUCUGGGUCCUCUGGGUGGCUGUGCUGCUGAGCCUGGGAACUGCAGGAUCUGCCCGGGCUAUCAAGGGCGGCCACGUGGAAUAUCAGCCUCUUUCCGGCAUUCGGUAUAUGUGGUGGUACCAUUUAAUUGGCCUCAUCUGGACUAGUGAAUUCAUCCUUGCCUGCCAGCAGAUGGCGAUAGCUGGGGCAGUGGUUACUUGUUAUUUCAACAGAAAUAAAAAUGACCCUCCUGAUCAUCCCAUCCUUUCGUCUCUCUCUAUUCUUUUCUGCUACCAUCAAGGAACAGUUGUGAAAGGUUCAUUUUUAAUCACUGUGGUGAGGAUUCCAAGAAUCAUUCUCAUGCACAUUUAUAACGCUCUGAAAGAGAAGCAGCGCAGUGCAUGGUCGAGCCACGCAUCCAGAUGCUGCUACUGCUGCUACUGCUGUCUUGACAGACACCUGCGCCCGCUCAACCAGGUACAUCUCCUACCACGUAGAGGGGACCUAGGAGCUGUGUGCACAAAUCCAGGCACCAACUUACUCCGCAAAGAUUUUGAGAUGCAUUAG